AUGGGCUCCCGUCGUUUCGAUCUGCACAAAGCGCGCUCUGUCUUGGUGUCAGUGUCACACAAACCGACCGAGCAUUUUGGCGCUGAUGGCGAACCGAAUCUUCGCCAAUGCCACUUCCAUGACAUCGUCGACACCAGCUACGCGAGCGGCGGGACCAACAUCACCACGACCAGCGAGAUGCUGGCCCUGCACGGAACCACCACUACGCUAACGACCGGGACCAUCCAUGACAUCACCUCCACCAGCACCAGCUACGCGAGCGGCGGGACCAACAUCACCACGACCAGCGAGAUGCUGGCCCUGCACGGAACCACCACUAUGCUCACGGCCGGGACCAUCCACGACAUCACCUCCACCAGCACCAGCUACGCGAGCGGCGGGACCAUCAUCACCACGACCAGCGAGAUGCUGGCCCUGCACGGAACAACCACUAUGCUCACGACCGGGACCAUCCACGACAUCACCUCCAGCAGCACCACGACCAGCUACGCGAGCUGCGCGACCACCAUCACCACGACCAGCGAGAUGCUCUCCACUCGCGAUACCGCUGCCAAGUCGCCGACCAGGAGGAUCGCCUACCUGAUGCAUGGCUACUAUGAGCGCCAACUUCGCCUCGUGUCCGGCGUCGCUUUCGUCUGGCGUGCUCAUGACGACGCCAGCACUAUGGUGAUCAAUACUACGGUGGCAGGGCGGCGGCAGAGCGGUAGGGCGGUGGCGGUGGCGGUGGCAGUGCGGCAGAGCGAUGGCAGUGCGGUGGCGGUGGCGGUGGCAGUACGGCAGAGCGGUGGCAGGGCGGAGGCAGAGCGGCAGGGCGGUGGCGGUGGCAGGGCGGCAUCAGAGCGGUGGCAGUGCGGCAGGGCGGUGCACAGGAGGCAGCGAGUCGAUAUGCUCAAGAAUUAA